AUGGAUAUUGCCAUACAGAGCAUAUGUGCAGCUACGAUCAUUGCGGAAUUCAUAAUUGGGAGUGCUGCAAAUGGACUCAUAGUGCUGGUGAACAUCACAGACUGGGUCAAGAGGAGGAAGAUCUCUUCAGUGGAUCAGAUCAUCACUGCUUUGGCAAUCUCCAGAAUAAAUAUGCUGUGGUUUACAUUUAUUAUUACACUAAUAUCUUCACUCUAUCCAGAUUUAGAAAUGACUGUGAAAAUGGUAAGAAUAAAAAAUAACAUCUGGGUUAUUGCAAAUCAUUUUAGUAUCUGGCUGGCUACCACCCUCAGCAUAUUAUAUUUUCUCAAAAUAGCCAAUUUUUCUAACUAUAUUUUUCUUUACCUAAAGUGGAGGUUUAAAAAGGUGGUUUCUGUGACAUUGCUGCUGUCUCUGCUCUUUUUGUUUGUAAAUAUUUUAGCAAUGAACAUACAUAUUGAUGAUUGGACAGAAAAAUGCAAAAGAAAUCCAUCUUACAAUUCCACAUCAAAGUAUUACACACAAUUUUACAGACUUAUAUAUUUAAUUAACACAAUGUUCACAUUCAUUCCAUUCACUGUGUCUCUGAUCAUUUUUACCCUGCUCAUCUUCUCCCUGUGGACACAUCUGAAGAACAUGCAGCACAACAUCAAAGACACCAGAGACCCCAGCACCAUGGCCCACAUAAAUGCCCUGCAAAUGAUGGUCACCUUUCUCCUUUUCUAUGUAGUUUUCUUUAUGUCUCUUGCCACACAAGCUUGGGUCUCUCAGUUUCUAGAGAAAAAAAAUUUGCUUUUUGCUGCACUUAUAAUUACUUUUCCUUCAGUCCACUCAUGUGUUCUGAUUCUGAGAAAUAGCAAACUGAGGCAGGCUUCUCUCUUGGUGGUGUGGUGGCUUAGGUGCAGGUCCAAAUAUGUAUAA